CCGAUGACAUUUCCUUAAUUCAUGUUUUUAUAUAAGAACCAUAAUAGACGAGCGUUCAGUUGGCAUUAAACUUUUGAACUUUACAAAAAGUGAGAAAAUAAAUUUGUGUUUUAGACUGAUAGUGUCUAGCAAAAAUGUUGCUGAUAUUCUGUAUCUUGGGUGUUGUUGCAAUACAUGAAUUGUCAGGUGUUUCUUCAAUGGACACUGACUCUCCCAAUCAAAUACCAAAAAUCGUAGGCGGUAAUCUUGCCGCCGAAGGAGAAUACCCUUAUCAAGCAUCGCUUCGUUACCGUAAUCAACAUUUUUGUGGUGGUUCUGUCAUAAAAAAACGAUGGAUUCUUACAGCUGCUCAUUGUUUGUCAGGAUUUAAUGACACAGCUAUCAAUGUCGUAUUGGGCACAAAUACUUUAGAUAAAGGUGGCGAUGAGUAUUCUUCAAUCAAGAGAUUGGUGCAUCCCUACUACAAUUCUGCCUUUAUCAGAAACGACAUCGGAUUAAUCAAACUGGAUAAAGACAUUGUCUUUGGAGACAAAGUGAAACCGAUUGCUUUGCCCACUCAAAACUUUAAUAAAGUUGAUUAUCCAGCGACGCUGUCCGGUUGGGGUACGACCAGUUAUCCCGGGGAAACGCCAAAUGAAUUGCAACAUAUCAAACUUACAGUCAUCGAUCAAAAACAAUGCUUAAGUACCAGCUUUCGCGUCAGCAGCAACAAUAUCUGUACACUCAACAAAAAAGGCGAAGGUGUUUGUCAUGGUGACUCUGGCGGUCCUCUAGUAGCAGAUGGUGAGCAAAUCGGCGUGGUAUCUUGGGGUAUACCUUGUGCUAAAGGACGCCCAGAUGUAUUUACACGAAUCUACCAUUAUAUGGAUUGGAUCGAACAACAUCUCAAGGAAGACAAUUCUAUAUAAUCGAUUAUACUAAAUGAAUUCUGUACAAGUCGUCAGGCCAAAAAAUAAGCAGAAAGAGAAUUUGAA